CUUUCGUUCCAACUAUCGAAAUCCGCUUAACGUUAGUGUUACUGAGCUGUUUCUCAGAACUUCCCAGAAAAGGAGAAAAAAAAAAAAUUCUAAGGAAGAAGACAGAAUAGGAAGAGUCUUCCUAGGGUCCUGGUGUAGAGGAAGAAGUUUGGAAAUUUGAAGACUUCUAGUUUAGGCUUCGCCACUAAUUCGCGAGAUGAUCAUGAGCAAACAAGUCAGUCUCCUCUGGGCCUCAGUUUUCUCAUCCAUAAAAUGAGAAAGUUGUUAAAAGGAUCUCGAAGGCUCUUUGAGUCCUAUCAUCCGUGGCAUCCGGUUGCAGAGGAGUCAAAUCCCAGCUUCGAUUCUGAAUCCCGGUAGCUCAUUCCUCUCCGGAAGGCCACCCCGCAGUGGAACUGGCUGAAAAACACGGCGAGUCGAGCGGGAGGUUUGAGAACUCCAGGCUGCAAAGUGCUACUUAAGGGAAAGUAGACCGGAUUGGGGGAUGGUGCCUAUGAUACCUUUAUGAUGAUAGAUGAAACCAAAUGUCCACCCUGUUCAAACGUACUCUGCAAUCCUUCUGAACCAUCUCUACCCAGCAGACUAAAUAUUACCACCGAGCACUUAACAAGAGAUCAUACUAAGUGCUUUCUGAAUGGAGGGGAGAUGAAGGUAGAACAACUGUUUCAAGAAUUUGGCAAUAAAAAAGCUGAUACUUUUCAGUCAACUGGCAUCAACGACUCUGAAAAAUGCUCUCCCACCGUUUCUCAGGGUAAAAGUUCAGAUAGCUUGAAUACAGUAAAAUCCAGCAGUUCAUGCAAAGCACCCAAAGUGGUGCCUCUAACCCCGGAACAAGCACUGAAACAAUAUAAACACCACCUUACUGCUUAUGAGAAGCUGGAAAUCAUCAGUUAUCCAGAAAUUUACUUUGUGGGUCCAAAUGCCAAAAAAAGAAAUGGAGUUAUUGGUGGCCCCAAUAACGGGGGGUACGAUGAUCCAGAUGGGGCCUAUAUUCACGUGCCUCGAGACCAUCUAGCUUACCGAUAUGAGGUGUUGAAAAUUAUCGGCAAGGGAAGUUUUGGGCAGGUAGCCCGGGUCUAUGAUCACAAACUUCGUCAGUAUGUGGCCCUAAAGAUGGUGCGCAACGAAAAGCGUUUCCAUCAUCAAGCAGCUGAAGAGAUCCGGAUUUUGGAGCAUCUCAAAAAACAGGAUAAAACUGGUAGCAUGAAUGUUAUCCACAUGCUGGAAAGUUUCACAUUCCGGAACCAUGUUUGCAUGGCCUUUGAAUUGCUGAGCAUAGACCUUUAUGAGCUAAUUAAAAAAAACAAGUUUCAGGGUUUUAGUGUCCAGUUAGUACGCAAGUUUGCUCAAUCCAUCUUGCAGUCGUUGGAUGCUCUCCACAAAAAUAAGAUCAUUCACUGUGACCUGAAGCCAGAAAACAUUCUCCUGAAACACCAUGGGCGUAGUGCCACCAAAGUCAUUGAUUUUGGGUCCAGCUGUUUUGAGUACCAGAAGCUUUAUACAUAUAUCCAGUCUCGGUUCUACAGAGCUCCAGAGAUCAUCCUAGGAUGCCGCUACAGCACGCCUAUUGACAUCUGGAGUUUUGGCUGUAUCCUUGCAGAACUUCUAACAGGACAGCCUCUCUUCCCAGGAGAGGAUGAAGGAGACCAGUUGGCCUGUAUGAUGGAGCUUCUCGGGAUGCCACCACCAAAACUUCUGGAGCAAUCCAAACGUGCCAAGUACUUUAUUAACUCAAAGGGCCUACCUCGCUAUUGCUCUGUGACUACUCAGGCAGAUGGGAAGGUUGUGCUUGUGGGGGGUUGUUCACGUAGGGGUAAGAAGCGAGGACCCCCAGGCAGCAAAGACUGGGUGACAGCACUGAAAGGGUGUGAUGACUACUUGUUUAUAGAGUUUUUGAAAAGAUGUCUUCAUUGGGACCCCUCUGCCCGCCUGACCCCAGCCCAAGCGUUAAGACACCCUUGGAUUAGCAAGUCUGUGCCCAGACCUCUCACCAUAGAAAAGGUGUCAGGGAAACGGGUAGUAAAUCCUACAAAUGCUUUCCAGGGACUGGGUUCCAAACUGCCUCCAGUUGUUGGAAUAGCCAAUAAGCUUAAAGCUAACUUAAUGUCAGAAACCAAUGGUGGUAUACCUCUGUGCAGUGUAUUGCCAAAACUGAUUAGCUAAUGGACAGCAAUAUGCUCGGAAAUGCAUAUGUAUGUUUUUUUAAUUACCUUGCAAACCUGCAAAUGAAAAAAAAAAAUACGGGCCCAUUGGUGGAUAUGUUUUUGUUAGACUUGAUGUCUUUUUUUAA